CAUGGCGAAGGAUUGGAAGACUGACAGCUGUAAAAAGCUAAGUUGUGAUAUUUUGGUAGUUAUUUUCAUGUUAAUGAGUGUAUCGAAGGCUUUACCUACACAAGAUGUUAAACAUACUUUCAAAUACAUCAACCAUGAUGAAUUAUUGACUUUCCUGCGUAACCAAGUCGCAAACUAUCCACACUUAGCACAACUUCAUAAAGUUGGUGAAAGUGUGGAGAAUCGAGAUAUUGUAGCGUUACAAAUAACGAAAAAUGUUAACAACGAUGAUGGAAUUGAGCCUGGCAAACCCAUGUUUAAAUAUGUUGGAAAUAUGCAUGGAAAUGAAGUUAUUGGCAGACAAAUACUUAUUAAUUUAAUCGAGCAUCUUUUGGGAAAUUAUGGAACAGACGAACGAGUAACGAAGUUGGUGAAUGAAACCAAUAUUUAUAUAAUGCCAACGAUGAAUCCUGAUGGUUUCUUCAGAGCAAAGGAAGGACAUUGUUCAGGAAUCGUUGGACGUCAGAAUUCUCGCCAUGUCGACCUAAACAGAAACUUCCCAGACCAAUUUUCGGACAGCCAACCACACAUUCAAAGUGAAACACAAACCCUUAUGGAUUGGAUAAAUGAGAACAAGUUUGUUUUGUCUGCAAACCUACACGGUGGUAGUGUUGUUGCUAGCUACCCUUAUGACGAUUCACCUAUCCAUAGAGAAACUGGAUACUACAGUGCUUCACCUGACAAUGAAAUUUUCAAACGACUGGCGAAAACGUAUGCUAGCAAUCAUAAGACAAUGCAUAGUGGAGGUGUGUGCAAUGGUGAUCAUUUUCAAGAUGGAAUUACCAAUGGAGCCUAUUGGUAUGACGUCCCAGGUGGAAUGCAGGAUUAUAACUACCUUCACAGCAAUUGUUUUGAGAUAACCAUUGAGCUGUCGUGCUGUAAAUAUCCAUAUGCAACAGAAUUGGAGAAGGAAUGGGGCAACAAUAAAGAGUCUCUGCUGGCUUACAUAGAAGAGGUACACAGGGGAGCGAAGGGAUUUGUUAAAGACUCCGAGACUGAUGAACCUAUUCCAAAUGCAGUGAUUAUGGUAUCUGGCAUCGAUCACAACAUAACAACAGCUAGCUAUGGGGAUUUCUGGAGGCUUCUGGUCCCUGGGACAUACACCCUAUCUGCAGUGUCUGAAGGGUACGAGGUAUCAUCAUCACCUGUGACAGUGGUUGACGGACCAGCUACACCUGUGAACUUUAGAUUACACAAACGAAGUGCUGCAGGAUAUUUACGUUCCAUUGAGAAAAUGAGUGGAUCACAAUCUGCACCUCCAACAUCCACACCUUUGACAUCGACGGCAAACACAACUCCCAAGCCAACAACUCCUGAACCAGAGGCAGACACCAUAGAUGUUCUGGUAGGUCACAUCAACAAAAUCCGUGACGCUUCUCACAGGGAAAAUCUCAAAUUCAUAGAGCCUGCGGAACUCAAGCAUCACCACUAUACAGAUCUACAAGCUUUCCUGGAGAAUAUCACCCACAGGUACCCUCAUAUCACUCGCCUGUACAGUGUAGGAGUGAGUGUCCAGGGGAGACAACUCUGGACCAUGGAGAUAUCCGAUAACCCAGGAGUACAUGAGGCGGGUGAACCAGAGUUUAAGUACAUCGGAAACAUGCACGGUAAUGAGGUUGUCGGUCGUGAGAUGCUGCUGUCACUUAUACAACUACUAUGUGAUAAUUACAAUAACAACCACUUCAUCUCUCUCCUCGUGAACUUCACCAGAAUACACAUCAUGCCUUCCAUGAACCCAGAUGGAUAUGAAAUCUCGACAGAAGGAGACCGUGUUGGGACACGAGGACGAGAAAAUUCCAACUUCAUUGACCUGAACAGGAAUUUUCCUGACAGAUUUGACGUUGCCAACACAAUAAAUCGUGUUCAGGAACCUGAGACUAUUGCUGUGAUGGAUUGGGUCAAGAAAUACCCCUUUGUUUUAUCGGCAAAUCUCCAUGGUGGCACCCUUGUGGCCAACUAUCCAUACGAUGACAACGCUGCUGGUAUUGCGACUUACACCAAAUGUCCUGAUGAUAGCAUUUUCAAACAAGUGUCCGUGGCUUACUCCUUGGCCCAUUCUACCAUGCACAAUGGCCAUCCCUGUACAGACCAGAGCGAUGAAUACUUUAAGGAAGGGAUCACUAACGGAGCUGACUGGUACAGUGUGGCAGGAGGAAUGCAGGACUGGAACUAUGCCUUCACUAACUGUUUUGAAAUUACCCUAGAGCUUGGCUGUAUUAAGUACCCUAUGGCUGUCAAUUUACCCCAGUACUGGAGUGCCAACAAAUACGCUCUUCUUGUCUUCAUGGGACAGGUACACAAGGGAGUGCGGGGAUUUGUGAUGGACCAGGAGACUGGACUUGGUUUAUCUGAUGCCAAAAUCACUGUUGAUGGGAUCAACCACACCAUUAGCACAGCAACAGAGGGAGACUACUGGCGUUUAUUGUCUCCGGGCGAUUACGUCAUAACAGCAAGCCAUCACAUGUAUGCUAAUCAGUCCGUGCAGGUACAUGUGACCUUUGAUGCUGCUGUAGAGGUCAACUUCACCCUGAGUAAGAGCCCACUGGAAGACUUUUCAGUGAAACAAGAUUACGAUAUCCAGGAAAACAUGGCUACCAAAUACCAGACCUUAGAUCAGAUGACAGCAGAGUUAGAGAGCCUCUCCAAGAAAUAUACAGAGGUCAUGCAAGUGGAAACUCUGGUUACUUUGGACAGCGGAUUGUCAGUGCCCAUGAUUCAUCUGUCUUCGGUCCUCGACCUCCAUGAAAACAAAAAGCCACAUGUACUUUUGAUUGGUGGUCUCCAUGGCAACGAGCCUGUAGGUGCGGAGAUAUUGAUGAGAUUUGUUCGCCAUCUUCUACGCGGUUUCGACAAGAAGGAUGAUCACGUAAUGGAGAUCUUCAAUGAUUUUCAUCUACAUUUAAUCCCUUAUCUCAAUGUUGAUGGAUUUGACACAAAUCAAAAGGCCGACUGUGUGUCGGACAUGAGUAUGCAGAUGUCCACGAAUCAACUUAAACUGAAUAGUCCCACAAUGACAGCACUUCUGCAGCAGAUGAACAUCCACAAAUUCAGCCUCACUCUCAGUCUCGACAGUGGUGGUCUCUUCCUGGUGAUACCUUGGGAGAGGAAGAGAGAUCGAAUGUCGGCGACUGAUGACGAGGCUAUAUUUAUGUCUCUGGCACAUGCCUAUGCCGAUGGCUAUCCUGCUAUCUAUUCGCCCGACAGUUGUCAAUCAUCUGUGUCACACGGAAUAUUCCACGGCGGAGAUCUCAUCAAAAAUAUGUCUGGUAUCCUGGACAAAGCCUACGAGGAUUACCACAAUUUCAUGAUUUCUGCUCAUAUCAGCUGUUGCCGGUACCCUCCAGCUAACGAUCUACCUAACAUCUGGAUGAACUCUCUAACACCUCUCCUGAAUAUUGUUAAGAAGAGCAAGCAAGCUGUAUAUGGAGAAAUUUUGAACAACAAUGGACAACCAAUCAAAAAUGCCACACUUAAGGUGGAUCAUCAUUCCGUUGUCAUUCCUACCUCUGAGAAAGGAGAGUUCUACGUCAUCCUCGGUGCUGGACCCCACACCUUGGAGAUCUCUGCUGAAGGUUAUGAGUCACAAACCCACCAAGCCCUGAUUGAGGAGGGGAAGUCUGCUCAUGUACAGGUAGCCCUCAACAAGGAGCUUGACAAGAUGGACUUCCACAGUCCGAGUAUGGUGGGGCCUUUCCUUGCCGAUGUAGCCUCCAAGUGUCCAGACAUCACAGAUCUACACAAAAUUGGCAAAUCUCCAAAGAGUCAUGACAUUUGGAUGCUGGACAUUGGAUCCAAGAAAUCAAACGACCCUUCCUUGACGCACAUCCUGUUUGUUGGCGGUGUCCAUGGUAACGAAGCAGUGCCCACUGAGCUUCUACUACAGCUAGCCUAUGACCUCUGUGAGAACUACAAUAAAGAUUACUUCAUCACAAAGGCAUUGAAUAGUUCUGUCAUACAUAUCGUACCCAGUAUGAACCCAGAUGGCGCCACUAUUGCUGUUGCGGGAGAAUGCAAUGGAAAAUUGGGAAGCAAAAACUCCAAUGAUGUUGACCUAGAUAUGAAUUUUGACAGUAAAUAUGUGAACAGGACUGGAGCCCUAGAAGGGGAGACUAGGGAUCUGUCUGAGUGGAUGUUUAGAUCACCUCCUACUGUCACCAUCAUUCUCAGUGGAGGUUCGCUUGGGGUCACACACCCGUACCGGUCAAACAACCCCAACGCCACCCUGGGUACUACAGAGAAGAUUGUACUAGACUACUUAGGCAAGACCUAUAUCAACAACCAUCCAUUGAUGAAGGCUGGAAAGAUUUCCUGUAAUGGUUCUGAUGUUCCGUUAGGCAGUAAUGUAGUGGCCGCCUCCAAACUUCACCCACAUUACGGCAGUCUGUUGGACUUUGCGUAUGACUCUGUCAGCAGUACAGCUAUAGAGGUUUACACUGGAUGUUGUGACUACCCUGAUGGCCAUAAACUUCUGGCAGCAUGGCACAACCACCGAACACCACUGCUGGAGAUCAUUAAAGAGGCUACACGUGGGGUGAAGGGAUAUAUCUACGAAGGCAAGCAAGAUAAACCAAUGGUGAAUGCUACUAUCACAGUAAAGGGUUCUCACCAUCAAUAUCCAGUUGACACAAGUGGCUACUACAACUUCUAUCUGUCCCCUGGUCACUACAAACUAGUGGUCAACAGUGAAGGACACGAGACUCUCGAAAAGAGUGUGAUUGUUGCUGACGGGGAACCUAAAAUGCUGAAUUUGAAUAUUGUGAUGGAAACCAAAAAAUCUGAGUUUAUAAUUACCACAUUUACUAUCGUGUUAAUCCUAGGAAGUAUAACUCUGGGAAUCAUCCUCCUGGUGACUGUCCUCGUCUGCGUACGCUCCAGACGUGGGUUCGGUAAGGGAGGAUUUCAUCGUCUUAGUCUCCAUGAGGACGACGACGAGACAGAAAUAUACGACAUGGGAUCAAAGUCCAGUUUGUUAACGACUCGUGAAUACCAUGACGACAGCUCUGACGAAGAAGAACAUGAUAUGUAUGAUAAACGGUUGAUGCGUCGUUAACGUUUGCCAGUGUUAUGCUUCAGCUAUAUCAAAACAAAAUUACAGAAAGAUACAAGUGAACGUCUUAUCGAAAAUAAAAAUGUAAAGAACUUUCAAACACAGGAGCAAGAAAAAAUAUUUAACAAAAUGUUGCUUUACAGUUUGUGAUCUUUUUGUCUGUGUUUUAACAUUCCGUUUAAAUAAACCACCUAAUGAAAUGUCUUCAGGUAGAGGAAUGUAUGAUGCGAUAACUGGUGAAAGGGUCAUCUGUCAAUCUCACAAAAACAUGAAAUUAGCUGUAAACAUAAGUUUGGCAAAUUUUGGCAGGUUGUUGAAUAAGUACACCUGAAAUAUGAAUUUUAGACACAGGAUACACAGAACUGUCGUAAGCAUAACUAUGACUUCGCAUAAUGUAUUAAAUUUUGAAAUGCACUAAAAUAAGCUUAUCACUAAAAUGAGAAUGUGUAUUAUAUAGCAUUCAAGGUUUGGCAGGAGAAUUUUGCCAAAGUUUGUUUAUAAGUUAAGUUAGUAUAUUUCUGAUUUAGGACUGUUAAGACAGUCCUUUAUACCAGACGUGAUAUUUUAUUAAAUCUUUUUAUUAUUAAUAAGUACCUCUUGAACAGAUUUCCAAUGUAAUUUACAAAAGACAGAAUGAACUAUACUUUAGAAAGGUGAUGGUCAAGAAGUAUUUAUAUUUAUGAAUUGUAUUAACUGUAGAACUUAAGAGAAAAACAUUGACACUUUACGUGAUUAUAGAGUGUUUGUAUGCUUUAAGUCCCGAAUGUGAAAACCAGUUGUUUACCAAACCAGUGACAUCUCUGUAGCCAGAUUGAAAGAUUGCAUCAUUCAUUUGUGAUUGUUAUAAAACAUAAUUAUGUUAUAAUUGUUUUGUCAUUGACAAUUUUGAUAUUUUAAGCAUCAACCAUGAUUUCUCACUUCCGUCAGUUUUCUAAAUGUCGAGAAUGCUAUUGGUGAGAAGAAAACAUUGUCCAGAUACGAGUACAUUGUAUAUAUAAUUAAUUUUAUGGAAAGUAGAAGGGCUACCUUGUUAUAGAUGGAAAGAUUUGAAUUUCAAAAUACCGUGGAUUUUGUUUUAAAGAUUUCUUUGACUUAUUGGCAUCUUCUGUUUUUUGGCCUCAGUGUAGAAGUUUCUUGAAAACUAUUAGAGAAAUGUAUAAAGACAUUGUUUAGAUAGUGUCCUGUCUCCUUUGAUGAAAUCAUAUUAUAGACAGUCUGUCCAUCAGAUGAACUAUUUUCUUGUAUGAGAAAAUUUGAGAUCAGGUGCAAAUAAAUCACCAGAUGAACAUUUUUUUUUUCUUUGCUAUUCUUUAUUGAACUAUAAAUCUGGCACUGGUUUGGUAAACACUGUAAGUAAUUAUGAAAGUAUAUAUCAUCUACAGCAAAAGCUGUGUACCACUUGUGUGAACAGUUACUAUUGCAGGGGUUAUAUCUUCUACAUUUUCCACCCAUAACUAAGUCAGGUAACACUGUGGCUAUAGGGGAUGAAGGUCAUAACUAAGUCAGGUAACAAUGUGGUUAUAGGGGAUGAAGGACAUAACUAGGUCAGGUAACAAUGUGGUUAUAGGGGAUGAAGGACAUAACUAGGUCAGGUAACAAUGUGGUUAUAGGGGAUGAAGGCCGUAACUAGGUCAGGUAACAAUGUGGUUAUAGGGGAUGAAGGCCGUAACUAGGUCAGGUAACAAUGUGGUUAUAGGGGAUGAAGGACAUAACUAGGUCAGGUAACAAUGUGGUUAUAGGGGAUGAAGGCCGUAACUAGGUCAAGUAAGACAAUGUAUAGGGGAUGAAGGACAUAACUAAGUCAGGUAACACUGUGGCUAUAGGGGAUGAAGGCCGUAACUAGGUCAAGUAAGACAAUGUAUAGGGGAUGAAAGACAUAACUAGGUCAGGUAACAAUGUGGUUAUAGGGGAUGAAGGACAUAACUAGGUCAGGUAACAAUGUGGCUAUAGGGGAUGAAGGUCAUAACUAGGUCAGGUAACAAUGUGGUUAUAGGGGAUGAAGGACAUAACUAGGUCAGGUAACAAUGUGGCUAUAGGGGUGAAGGCCAUAACUAGGUCAGGUAACACAUUGUGGCUAUAGAGGUGAAGGCCAUAACUAGGUCAGGUAACACAAUGUAAAGGGGAUGAAGGCCAUAACUAGGUCAGGUAAAACAAUAUGGCUAUAAGGGAUGAUUGUUAAAUGUUACAGAUAAUUGACCAUUUGAAAGCAUGUUAUUUAGAAAUGUUUAAAGUACACACCAUAGCUUUAUGAAAUUAAUCUGAAAAAAAAAUCAGAACUGGAAAUUUAAUAUCAAUCCCUCUGAUGUGACUCAGGAACCAAUUCAUGAAAUUCAGGAUGCAUGUCUGUUUUCUGAGUGUAGUGAUUAAAGACAGCCUUGUGUGCAAACAAUUUGUACCAUGAGCCAGUGAGAAAUUGUUUGUAACUCUAGAAAGUCUUUAAAACGUUUUGUCCUAAUAAUAAACUGUUUUAUAAUCAUACCAAGGAUAUAUCAAUACUUGAAGUGUGUGGUAUUUUGACCUUUAACCCCUAAACCUUGACCUAUUAACCUUUUACACUUAACAUGACGAUAACACUUGUGUUGCCUACAGUGCCUAACAGCUUAAACAUUCACUUUUAACCCUGAUGAAUGAACCUUGACCUGUUUUCCCCCUGUUGGUUGACUUUUGACCCCUGCAAUGAUUGGAUGACACAAUGUGGUACAAAUGAAGUAUUUUUUGUACACCAGAACACUUACGUAUUGUCUGUGAUACUCAUUGCCACAUUUUUCUCAUUCCACUGGGUACACGGGAUCAACUUUUAUACAAUACGUUUAAAACACUAUAUUUUCCUAACGGAGAAUCUUUUGUUUGUACAGGGAUUGAACGACUAAUAUUUGUUUGUAUGUGUCAUCAUUAUACUAUGUUAUCAUGUCACUUUCAUCGAUUUAACUUUAAUAUCUACAAAACAAAAUGUUUUUGAACAAUUUUCAGAACACAGUUGAAGUUGGCCCUUUCUGUCUUGAUCUCUCUGGCCUUAGCUUGAUAUCAAAAUUCACCAUGAAAUUUUCAUCAAGAAUACCAGGGUGUAAAAAAUCUACAAAAAAAAGGCAUGUUGAAUGUUUUUAAAGAAUCUUUCAGAAACAUACUUCUUGUUGAAGUUUUUCGUUGGGAUCUCAUGUUUAUAACGCCUGUUUAGCAUUAACAAACUUUAAGAGUACAGAUGUGUAAAACAUGAGUUUAAAACUUGAUUAUAAAGAAGUUUUGCUACUUUUAUUUGUCAGUCUACUAUUACCAAUUGUUAGCACUUCAGUAAAAAAAAUUACUGUUGACAAAUAAAGAUAGUGUGCUGAAAUUUGUGCACUACAGCUGCACAAACCCAAGAUGAACUGUGAUGUGAAGAGGUACUGAGAGCCAUAAUAUAUGAAAAGUUUACCAGUUCAAGCUGUUGAAAUUGGUUUGUUUCAUAAUAUUUUUUACUCUUAUAUUUUAUAACCUAUUCAACUUUUGAACUAAAUUUUGGUGAAGGAUAUUUAAGCCAAGUCUGAAUCAGUUCCUUUAAUUUCUUUUUUGUAAAACUAUUUAUAUUGUAGUUUAAAUCUAGAUUUUUUUCGUUUGUUUGUAAAAAUAAUUGCUGUACUGACAGUGUUGAAGUCAUAGCUUAACAAUACAAAAAUUCAUGGGAAGAUACAUUGAAAUAAUUUAUAUGAUAUGACUAAUUUUUAUCGAGACUUAAGUUUUCUGAUGCUUUCAUGUGACUUAUGACCUUGUGUAGGAGUCAUCAGGAGACUGCUUUUCAGUUUAAAUGGUGUAAUCAACACAUAAUCAGUUACCACAAUUAGAGAUACAACUGGUGAGCUUGUGAGAUUAUUUUAACAUUUCCGCACAUGUAUGAGUGUAAACAAAAAUCUUGAAUCUUGAGGUCACAGCACAUGUGACCUUGAGCUAAAAAGUCUAAUGAUCUUCUAGUCCACUUUAUAUACUCAGAAAUGAUUUUCUGUAGUCUUCAAUAGUGUCACUGCCUGUCACCUGAAUAUCUUUUUGUUGUUAUCAAAAGCUUAACACCUUUUGUCUUCACAACACCUUUUGUCUUCACGAAUUUGUUGUGUUAUAGUAAUCAGUUGUGCUGUUAGUAGAAAUUACACAAGAAAAAGUAACCAGUUGUGUUGUUUAUAUAAACGACACAAGGAAAAGUAACCAGUUGUGUUUAUAUAAACGACACAAGAAAAAGUAACCAGUUGUGUUGUUUAUAUUGUUUAUAUAAACGACACAAGGAAAAGUAACCAGUUGUGUUGUUUAUAUAAACGACACAAGGAAUAGUAACCAGUGUUUCUGUUUAAACAGGUAUCUGGCUUAAUCAAGUAGCCAGGAUUUGAAAUUAUAUAAUGAUACAAUAUACCUACCAAAGAUCCAGUUAAGAAUACAGUUUGAUAAGAAUCUAGAUUAUUCAGGGUUAAAUUUGGACAAGUGGAGAAAAACACAUACCGGGGUAAGGAUAAUUACCUCCCUUGGUUCUUUAGCAAUUAUUGUUAGUAGAUUGUUUAAACAUUUUUGUCUAUCAAACUGUCUUCCAGAGAAACUAAUAUAUAUGAUAAACUGAUCGAAAGAAAUUUGUUUCAUUUGGUCUUAAACCUGACUUUUAAAUUGGAGCAUAUUUAGAAUUACAUAAUUGUGAUAAACAUCUUUAUUUGCACAAAUUAAGUUGAUUACAUUUAUUUGUCCCUGCAUUGUGUUCAUAACCUUGCCAGUUAAUUAUAGAGCAUUAAGUAUUCUCACUACUUUGUGUUCAUUCAGUAUUAACAAAUAUCUUCCACAACAAGAGAAAGUAUGUUUUCUCUAGAUUUACACAAUAGCAUUACUGAUACAUGUAACACCACAUACUUAUAUUACAUGUAAGUCUGUGGUGACAUUAAAUAGAGUCAUUGAUGUUUAGAUAGAUAGUGCCCUAUGUAGAAAUACCUAAUAGAGCACUGAUUUAGAGCAAAGAUUAAAGAAAAUAUAAUGAUAUUAAUAUCUAGAAUAAAUUCUAAUUAAUAAUGGCCAGCUAAUUGCAUAUAUUUACACAUGAAUUUAUGAUCUAUUUUCUAUUAUUAAAGGACAAUUGACUGAUUGGAGAGAUGUAAUCAGCUUAAACAUUCUUAUCUACCAGAGUUACUUCCCUUUGUUUCAGUUUACUGUAAAGCCAUAGGCGGUUGGAGAAUGUUAGCGGGCUUCUCUAAUAACAAUUCAUAUUGCUAGACUAGUAAAAUCAAUCAGUUUUUAGAGUAGGCAGGUUUUUUAUUAGACAAGGUUUGUAUGCACUGUACUUAUACUUAUGCAUGAAAAAAAUAUUUUUACUCACAAAGGUGUUAAAAAAAAAACCAACAUGAUGACAUAAGUUAAACUGGAGUGUGAAAUUUAAUAUUUCAGUUUAGAAUAUUCUGUACAGUAUACUUGACCUCAGAAUUUACUGUAUGAAUGUAACUAUUUACUGAGCUUUCAUAACUUGGACAUACACUCUUACCCUGUAACUGUAUGUUUGACAUGGCCAAGUCGACAAAAUCAUCAUAAAGAAAAUAAUUGUGAAAGAAAGAACCAUUGCAGAAAUGUUGUAAGUAUCUUUGAAGAUGAAAGUUGAAAGAUUUUGUCCAUUUUACAAGCAGGGAACUCAAUUGUAAUGCCAUAUUAUGAUGGAAAAGCCUCAAUUAAGAUAAGAACGUUACUUAAAUUUUACAAUGAAUAAUAAUUUGUUCUUCUUUUAUGUUAUGUGUACAUUUAAUAUUUAUGGUACUAUACAUAAAAGGAUGACAUUCAAAAUUUCAGUUGACUUUUACUGAUUAUGAAAUCUUUUGAGAAUAUCAGAAGUAAGCUAGAGGGUAAUUUUGCAAAAAAAAAUUAUUCAAAGGCAUUAUCUAAAAUCAUGAUAGACAUAUUUUUGAGACAUGAAUGUUAUGUAUACCUGGAUAGAAUUCUACUGAGUUCUGAAGAAAAGGUGGUGUCUUAAACUUUUUACGUGGUUUUUAUCCACAAAUAAGCCCCUGUCCACUAAUAAGCCUCCAUUUCAAUUUUUCAGAAUCAUCAAUUAUCAAAUAUGUAGUAAAGUAAAGUGGUUCUCAACUACAGAAACCCUUCCUUAAGUUGAAUACCAAACUUUUACACCAGGGGAGUACGCUUAUUUGAGGAUAAUUACAGUAUUUUAAUAGUUUUUUUUUUUAUAAUGAUGAUUAUUCAUGUCCUGCUUUUAAUGAUUAGGGAGCUGCAUAAUGUAUUGAACCCUUCUAGUACAUAAAAAAUUGUUACAGUAGUUUAGUAUUAGACACAGUGACUUGACAGGAAUUCUCAACCAACAGUCCACAUACCAUGGGUUGGUGAUGUGUGCCAAUUCCCUGUGUUAGUGGAGUAUAUCUUACUGGUAAUUGAUCUUUUUAUAAUAUAGUGUACAUUUUCAGCAACAACUCACCAGCUUCCCUCAAGUACCACAUUUAUCCUGUAAUAGGCCCAGGGUGCCAACACAUAUCCCUGACUCCUAGAGCUGGCUAGACUUAUUUACACUGUUAAAGAACUUAUGUGGGCUUAUUACCAGGUUUUGACUUAUUGACGGAUGAAAACAAUAGACAAUACAAUAGAUUAUAUUUAGAUAAUUAAUAUAUAAAAUUGAUUGCUACAGCUAUAUUUUGGGUGAGUUUUUUUUUGUAAUCUUGGGGUCUUUGAAGAAUACAUCUAACCACUUUGUUACUUUGAAACCUUCUGUAUGUUAUAGGGAAGGACAAUAAAUCGUUUGUCUGUCCACUAAGAAAUACUACAGGGAAUUCGAUGUCUGUGUUAUUAGUUGUAAAAAUGAAUCAAAAUUUUUUAUUUUGAUAUUUUUCACACUGCUUAUAACGGAAAACAAAAAUGUGUAACUUAUAAGAAACCUGCUCUUAUCAGGUCAAAGACUUACGUGGUACUGUAAUCACAUAAAUAAGCCUGCUCCUCUGGUUUAAAAGCUUGGUUUUAAUGUUCAGGGAGGGCUUGUUUGUGAACAACUUUUAUCUAUAUAUAUACAUGUAGUAACUAAGUGGACUAAUUAAUGGGCUGGAGCUUAUUUGUGGAUAAAUACGGUAUGUUCAGUAAAAUUACCAACAAUAUAAUUAUAUAAUUCUUUGAUAAGCCUGCCAUUCAUCUACUUCUGUUCUGUAAAAUACCAGCAAUCAGCCUGUAAAAGGCCACCCCUAACUUUGAGUUAGAGGCUAUGAGUUGACCUCCUGGGUGUAUUGCAGGAUAAAUUUGGUACUAGAUCAACAGUCUUGUCAGAUAAUCAAUACAUUGUAUAUACUAUUGGUCUUUAGUCAAUGUCCAGGUAGGUCAGCGACCGGUCAUGUUAUGAUUAUCGACUUGACCUUACCUUGAUCAGUGACAUGUUGUAAACAUACUGACCUUACUGGUCAUCAGAAGAUUGGUCAGUUUGAGUAUUUGUCACCAUUAAGAGUGAAAUAUUACCUUUAAUGAACGACAUAUGGAAAACAUUUGUCUUAUGAUGAUUAUACCUGUAUCAGUAUACACAGAAUUUGUUAAUUAUUUGGGUAUUAAGAAUCAUGCACUAAAAAUGUACUUAAGAGUGCUGAUGGUAUUAAGCUUUCUUGGAAUCCCUUGUUUGUUGUUGAAGAUUAAUUUGUUGACGAUUUGAACUCUUCAGGUAGCUAAGUGUCGAUAGUUGUUCGAAGGUCAAAUUCUCUUGCAACCAACACAUGUAGAGGAUAUAUUUCAGUUGUAAAAUAUUUCAAAAAUGACAAGCAGAAACUUUCAACUAAAUCCUAAUUCUACGUCAGGACAAGUAUAAAUAGAAUUUGUACCAGAUUGUUUGUAAAUAAGAUGUUUAUGUGAUGAUGCAUUACACUUUAAAAAAAAAUGUAUUUACAAAAGGGAUUAGACACAAGUUGAAAACAUAUGAUAAUCUCUUCCCAUAUUAUUCUCUGAAUAUCAGUUUCAUGUGCUGCAUGCUGGCUUGAUAGGGAGCUGGGAGUAUAUAUUUUCUUUUUUUUAAGAGUGAAAACUUAUACAUGCAAGUCUUUCGAGUUACUGCCACUUUGAAAUGUUGCAUAGAAUAGUUAUAUUGAAAUAACUACCCAUGUGUAAGAGAGAUAAUACAUGUAUACAAACUGAUGCAUAAUGUGUUUAUAACAGAAAUUGAAAAUAUACUUAUACACUGAUAAUUUCAUAAAUAUUAGUGUUGUGUAUAACGAACAGCUAUUAUUUGCUGGGACAAAAUUUAUAUAUUUUUGUGAUAUUCUAUUUUUCACUUCAUUUCUGCAAAAAAAAUAAAAAAAUGAAUAAAUAAAUAAAAAAAAAACACAAAAUCAGUUCAUACAGUUACUAACUUUUCAAAAUAUUGUGUGAUAAAUAUGAAUAUUUUGUCAUAUGAGAAUUUCUUAUCAUGCUACAAAUGUGAAACCACAGUGAAUCCAGAUAAUAAAAAUAAGCCUAAUAAAAGUACAAUGUAUUAAGAUUUUGUUGUGUAAAUAUGCAGAAUGUUGAAUCAACGUAAAGUUUACACUCCCUUUGUUAUUUCUAUUACUAAUGUUUUUGCACCGCGAUGCCUUUUCAUUACUGUCAUGUAUAUUUUGAAUUCUUGCACAUGCUCACAUUAGUUUAGUAUACCACAUAUAUCUAUCAUUUUGCUAAAAUGUUUUAAUAGCUUCACUUUCAUAAAAUAUACAAGCUUUCUUAUAUUUUCUGAAUAUUACUGUAUUUCAAUAAAGAGACUUGCCCUAAAUGACAGAUGGGGCGUAAAACCUAACAAAAAAAAAUCAAUAACGAGACUAAGUUGUCAUAUGAAAGUAAUGAUGACUAAGGAUUACUGCUGAUCAGUUUUUUUUAAGCUAUUGUCUUUAAAAGACCGUUGAAUUGAUAUAUUUUUGUUUUUUUCCCCUAACAAGUAAAAUUCUUAGAAAUAAGAUAAGAAAAAAUAUCUUAGCCGGUUAUAUCAUUUAUGAAUGAUGGUUUAUGGGUGAACUCCCUACUUUCUAACACGAACAGGAAGAUUGACGGAUUGUUUACUUUUUUCUUUGUUGUUGUUAUUUUGAACCUGUUAUAUUGUUAUCACGAUGUAUUUGCUACUCAAAAAACUAUUGCCUUGUUUUUUGUAAUUUCAACACAAUAUCUCCCAGAGUGCAGUGCUGUCCCUGCUAUAUAUGUAUUAGCACCUGCAAGGCUAUAUAUGUAUAAGCAUUCCUAAGGAACCUCUGGGAGAGAUUGGAUUUAAACACUCUCUGGUUUUGGGAAACUCAUCAUAUGUUUAUCACUGUAGCUACAAUGUUAUCAGAAAAAAAAAUCAGAUGCAAAAAUAAAAAAAAAUCACAACUCAA